CCACUGUGCAGUAGUGGCAGGCAAAGAUAAUCCAUCCUAGAAUGGAUUUUUUGCCAGAAAUAGUCAUUUUAAAAGUUUUUUCUUUCCUUCCUGUUGGGGAUCUGGGGAAGGCUGCUGGAGUGUGCAGGUAUUGGCGCCGGCUAGCGUACGACCAUUCGCUUUGGAAGGCUGUUAACUUGAAACGACAAGCUGCAAAACUCGACGAGGAUACCUUGCAUAUGCUCAUAAGGACAAGAUUCUCUCAUUCUCUAUCCAUUCUUCACUUGGGAGGCUCUAAAAUUUCACUCGAACUUCUUAGCGAGCUGAACAGGAAAUGCAAAAGUUUGAAAUAUUUGAUAUUCAGCCGUGGGUCAAAAUUACGACCGCCGACUCCGCCUCCGAAAUACACCGAAAUUACAUACGAAUUUCCUUCUCAACUGGAAUUGGUGGAGUUGAGGCCCAUUAAAGGAGACUUUGCCUUCUUAGGGCGAAUAACAAGGCACUUUUGUGAGGUGAAAUACUUAGGUAUUGGAAACAGUUCCUCGAAGGGUGCGGUCCCGUCUCUGUUCACCAAAAUGCAGAGAUUGGUUAUACUUGAUUGCACGAACUGCGAUACAAUUACAGACGAGGUUAUUGGAAAAGUGGCCGAAUGCUGCCCGUUACUGGAAUCAUUUUGGUUAAACGGAUGCAAAUAUGUCUAUGGGCGGACGUUUUGCACGCUUUUUCGAUCGUGUUCUCGAUUAACAACGCUGCUUCUUCGUUACACGCCUGUGCGCGACGACUGUUUCGUGAUCAACGAAUGGAAGUACGUCCCCGUGGAGGAACUGGAUAUUUCAGCGUGCUCUAACAUAACACAGAUAGGCCUCAUUAGCCUGGUCACAAACGUGAAAACUCUGCGGUAUCUCAACUUAUCUUACUGCGGCGUCGGCCGAGCUGUAACAGACGCAGUUUUGUUACAGAUCGCGCGACAAGAAACAGGAACAAACCUAGAAAUGUUAGAUGUUAGAUGGAGUUUGACCCUGACGCCUGAGGCUUUAUACAUUCUAUCCCGAGGCUGCCCUAAACUGAAAUGCUUAGGAGUGUAUCAAUCAUCAAGCAUCAACCCAUCGGCCAUGGCAGAGGUCUUAAGGAUGCUUCCAAGGUUAGAGGUUCUGGAAUACGGCGCUUUCGGCAAAGCCAGUAUUUCCGAGAGUAUGUUCUUUCCAAACCUCAUACGAUAUUGUGAGUUGCUCGAGGCUGUGUCGCUUAUAAACUUUGCCUCGAUGGAUUCCGUAGCGGACGCUGUAUUAAUGAACGCAUUGGUCGAAAAUUGUCGUUGUCUGAAACGUAUAAACCUUUGUGAACCAGACCCUACUUUACUGGAACUGGUGCAAGAAUUACCCCCUUCUUCUAAAGCCAAGGUGACUCAAAGGUGGCAGUGUGUUCUGCCUCCACCCGACCACACCCUAGAUGCGAUUAUUGCCAAAUUGAGAUACAGCCCACCUCAUCCGCCCUCAAUUUAGCGGUUUACAUAGAAACGGUUUGCUACAACGUGAACUUAUUUAUCUUCAAGUACCAUAUUUGUACUGCUGUGCUGGUUUUGUGAUAUUGCCACAAAUGCAACUUUCACUGAAAAUUUCUUUAAAACUGAAACGAUAUCGUUCAAGUAAUCUUCGAUUUUCAUUUCUUCUUGUUAAAAUUUUCAUCAUUUAUCCGAGCGAUGCUGGUUAUAAUAACGAAUGUUCAUUCGGUCCGCGAUUCGUUUCAGGCCGGGUUAGAAAAUAUUUGUACGUUGUAAGGGAAAGGUAUGCGUUUUAAUUCAGGAGUCAAAACUAACUGACAAUAAUAAUUCAUGAAUAUAUGAAUAUUUAGGAAUCAUUUUGUGUUUAUCGAUGUAAUAA